AUGGCUCCAUUCCGAAUUCUCGACCUGCCGCCAGAAUUACGCAACGAGAUAUGGGCGAUGUGUGUUGUUUCUCCAUGCCUGAUCAACAUCAGCUACGCGUUAUCACCUCUGACUCAGGCAAGUCAGCAGCUGCGCAAUGAGUCUCGGGGCAUCUUCUUCUCUGACAACAGCUUCCGUCUCAAUCUGGGCCUGUACAACCCAAGCUCGAAGACAAAUCUCUACCGGCUGUUCUGCUGGCUUGCGGCAAUAGGUCCCGACGCUCGAGCCCAGAUCCAGCAUCUCGCGAUCGUGUUCUACUGGGAUGUGUUCUACCUCGACUUUCCACCGGGACCACUCGACAUUCCCAAAGAACGCUUCAUCUUCCAGAUGGUCGCGUGGCAUCCUCUCACUAGAGGUCUCCGACGUAGUGCUUUCACCUUCGAGCUGCUCGACCGAGACAACAAAGCUUCGUUUCGUCGACGUGUGACGAGGUUGAGUGAGAAGCUUCAACUUGAUUACGCGUUGGGUGAAACCAUUCGCAAGGGUGCAGUGCGGCGCAGAUUUCUUGCUCUACUAGCGAGGGAGGAUUAUUGA